UUAAAAUAAGUUAUAAAUGUUUUUUAUUUCAGUUUUAUUUGCAAAAUGGAGGUCGGAAAUAAGACCUACAAAUGCAAUCUUUGUAGUUCAAGGUUCUCUGAUAUUUCCGGUAUACAAGAUCAUCUUAUCAGCUCUCAUAGAGAACACCUGCCUGAAGUAGAGGAAAGUGAAGGAGAAGACUUGCUUGAUGAGGUGGAGGAGGAUGAUAUAAGAAGGUUUGAUGACGUAGAGAGAGAAGAGGUGUUGGGUAGAAGGGAGAGGGAAGUAGAGACAAGAGGAGAGAGGAUUGAAGACAUGAUGAUUCAAGAGGAGGGAGGAGUAAUAGAACAGUCUGGAUACAGACAACAGCUAUGGUUGGAUGAGGAUGGAUAACUGUAGAUAAAUGUAUGUUUAGCUAUGGUUGGAUGAGGAUGGAUAACUGUAGAUAAAUGUAUGUUUAGCUAUGGUUGGAUGAGGAUGGAUAACUGUAGAUAAAUGUAUGUUUAGCUAUGGUUGGAUGAGGAUGGAUAACUGUAGAUAAAUGUAUGUUUAGCUAUGGUUGGAUGAGGAUGGAUAACUGUAGAUAAAUGUAUGUUUAGCUAUGGUUGGAUGAGGAUGGAUAACUGUAGAUAAAUGUAUGUUUAGCUAUGGUUGGAUGAGGAUGGAUAACUGUAGAUAAAUGUAUGUUUAGCUAUGGUUGGA